AUGAUCUGCAGAAGCUGCCGAACAAGCAUGCUCUCGCGGCUACCGCAACAACAGGCCGCGACAUGGACCGCAUCAUUAUCCUCGCGCCAAUUGCCCAUUGUUCGGAGCCAGUUCAGAAAUUACAGCGAUAAGGCACCUAAUCCCUCGGUGGCUGCUCCUCCUUCACCCUCCACCCCCCGCCAACCCGCCGCCGGUGACAGCACGACUCCCUCCGCUAUCUCUUCCGCAACCCCCGGCGUUUCUCAGCCUUUGAGCACCCCCGGGGAGGUUCACAUCGAUGUGAACCCGGGUGCGGCCACUAAGGCUGCGCAGCGUCCACCGAGCAGCUGCGCAGCUGGCACGAGGAUCAACGGCCUGAACUACUUUAAGAACAAGCCCGAGGUGUUCGCCAAGGAGGACCACGAGUACCCCGACUGGCUUUGGGAUCUGCUGGGCGAUGCCAGCAAAGACGCCAAGGCUAAAAAGGGCGGUGUUGACCCGGCCACCCUGAACAAAAAGCAACGAAAGCGCUACGAGAAGAAGCUCGCCGCUCGCACCGAGAAACUCCCUCCCAAGAUUCCCGCCCACCACCACGCCGAAGAUAUCACACCCGCUUCCUACAACCGCGAUGCUCCCACUGAUGGCCUGACUGAUGCCACGGACGGCCUGGACAAGCGCUUGGAGGUUACCAAGAGCGCGCGUGAGGCGCGGCGAAAGGCGAUCAAGGAGUCCAACUUCUUGCGUGGUCUUUAA